GUUGGUGGAGCAGGGAUACCAAGCAUGAGAUCCCUAAGUCUAUUGCUACUCAGCGCCAGCUGCGCGCUAAUCCUUAGCUUGGCCUAUGCCCAUCCCCAGGGAGUGUGGAAGAAGAAGCUCACCUGGAAGGAGGACUGGGUGCAGGUGUGGAAAACCGUUAAGAAAGAGGCAUGGGAGACCAAGUGGAAGAAGGUCUCGGUGCCCAUUUGGAAGGAAGUUAAGGUUCCCGUCUGGAAGGAGGAACAGGUGCCCGACUGGAAGAUCGUAAAGAAGCCGAAGAUUGAAGAGAGGGAAGUACCCGCCUGGAAGGAGGUCAAGGUGGCCGACUGGAAGAAGAUCACGAAGCCUAUCUGGGUGCCCACCAAGGUGGCCGUGUGGAAGGAAAUCCAAGUUCCCAUCUGGAAGGAAGUUCAAGUUCCCUUCUGGAAGGAGAUCCAAGUGCCCAUCUGGAAGGAGGUACAGGUGGCAGACUGGAAGCAAAUGUUUGAACCCCAAUGGGUGAAAAUGGGCAUUCCCGGCGAGAAGUUCCUUGGCAAGGAUCACGAGGGCUGGGAGUACACCAGCCACGAUCUCUGGCGCAAGAAGCUGGUCUGGAAACCCGUAUGGAAGAAGGUCUGGCGCACCGAGAAGAAGCAGGAGUGGAAGACCGAGAAGAAGCAGGAAUGGCGCACUGAGAAGAAGCAGGAGUGGAAGACGGAGAAGGUCCAGGAGUGGAAGCAGGACAAGAAGCUGGAGUGGAAGGAUGAGUGGAUUCAGGUGUGGAAGACCGUGAAGAAGCAGAUCUGGAUCAAGGAGAAGCGCGAGACCUGGAUCGAGGAGAAGGUUCAGAUCUGGCGCACUGAGAAGCGUCAGGUGUGGGCCACCGAGAAGAGGCAGGCGUGGAAGGACGAGUGGCAGUCGGUCAAUGUGCCCGUCUGGAAGGAAGUGAAAGUCCAGGAGUGGAAGAAGGUCUGGAAGCCCGUCUGGGAGAAGGUUUGGGUGCCAGUGAGCCACGGUCACAGCCACGGCUGGGACUAG